CCAAUGUCCACAUAGCCAGAGUAGAACAUAUAUUGCUGUAUAUAUUCUUACCGAACAGAAGAUACUUUAUUUAUAAAACAAAUGUUACACUUCGUUUUAUUAUUGCACUUUAAAAUAUCAGCUGCUGUUUUGGAAAAUAUAGCAAAGCAGGCGAAUCGUUUACUUUGUAAAUAGUGGAUAAAGUGUUUCCAAACUUUUCUGUACUCCUGAAACUGUGGAUAAGUGCAGAAGUUGUACGAAUUGUUUUGAAUAAAAACAGCAAUGCCUAUCAAUUCAAGUAAAACUUUGGAUCCACGCAGCUUUAUUAUUAUAAGGCCGCUUCCCAUUAGCCCCCCGAAGGGGCAGAAACUUCAGGCAAGAAGCGACACUGUGUAUAGCGCCUGGGAACCAUGCAGGGAGCAAGUCUUCAGGGAGAAUUAUCACCGGAGACAGAAGCAACUCAGUCAGCAAGGCUACAGGACAGCUAGCGGGAGACCGUACCAGGAGAUUGGGGAGCCUCUUUACCUAGAGCCGAAGAAACUAAUACUCUACUCGCUGGGGCAGCAGGACCAGAUAUGUAAAGAUGAGCGUAACAUCAGAAAAGAAGACGUACCAGAAGAUAACUCAAGCGAAGCAGCCCUGGGCUCAGGCACCGAGAGGAAGGCUUCAUCAGCAAAAUGGCUUCAGCAGAAGAACAAAGAGAAUGAACUAAAAAUUCUGAAGAGAUACCUGUCUCACACAAGGCAGCUGGUGUCCGCAGUGAAGCAGGGUCGUGGAUAUUUCCAGAUCCUGCAGAGGGAAGAGUGUGACCUGUGCAAUGCCCAGCAGGGGGAGCUGCUGAGCUUCUCUGAGAGCAGGCUCACUGAGUGCCAGCCCCACCAAUCCUCCUCUGACGAAGCCCCUGAGAGCGAGGAGGUUACAGAGAGUUUUUUCAGAACUGAAAUACCUGCACAGCGAAGCGGCUUGCACAGGAAAUCUUCCAAGAAGAGUACUGCCAUGCGACCCUUCACCCCUGUUCACUCCUCCCUUACCUGCCCACAAGUGACUGUAGAAGCGGUUUUUCGGCAGCUGUGUUCUCUGAACUGGCUCUUGGAGGCUUUAACUGCAGAGCCUGCAGGUAGCACAGGGCCUGUCUCUUCCUGCUGGAGUUUAAAAGAUCCGGGUGGAAGCAAGAUGACAGUGAAGAGAUUGAAUAAAGAAAAAAACAUCGAGACAAAAUGGGACCAGUUUAUUACACAGCCUAAGCCCAGGAAGAGUCCCUCCAGGAUCCUUCACAAAGUAUCACUGAGGUCCCGGAAUACCUUCCUGAGCUCCCCCCGGCUCAGCGUCAUGUCAUCCACUCUGACCCCCCUCAUGGGGAGCAUGUCUUCCCUGACCCCCGGCUCUGAGUACCUGCCAAUGGGAGCCUCAGGGGGGGCUGUGGGAGGAGCCUGUGAGAGCGAGGACAGCCAAUCCGCAGCUAACAUCUCUGCGCAGCAGCAGGACCAAGAGGAGGAGGCACCGCUGUCUGACUACCUGCAGAAGCUGUUAGAAUCUGCUCACCAGGCUGUGGACAAGGAGCUCCAUGACACAGACCAGGAGAAAAAACAUCCAGAUCAAAGCUCUUUAGAAUUCAAUUACAUCAGUGGAAGAGGAAGUCAGGAUAAACAAGUGGGAACAAAACUGCAGAGGCCUAAAAGCUCUCCUGCAAAUCGGUGCUCUGAAACCAGUCAGUUCAUUGCAAGCAAAUCUUCAUUAUCUUCUGAGAUGAGAGACAAAUUCAAUGAGACGGCUGAGGAGGCUGCAUUGUGUCUGCAAGACACUUUGGAAAACACUGCUAAGAAGCGUUGGGAGAACAGUAAGCGCAAGUUUCAAUCUCUGGAACACGUGACAGACUUCCACCGAGACAUCAGUCUAGUGAGAGCUGCAGCAAAUAAAUCUGACAGCAGGGAUGAGAACAGUCAACAGAGCACAACGUGGUUUUCCGAGCUCCUGUCACAUAUUCCGAAAGCCAUGCUGGAGAGUCGCAAUGUCAGGACCAUCCUGGAAAAGCUGUCCAGGCUUUGCGACAAGCAGAGUCUGAGGGUUCGGCCCAACCACUUCCUGAAGGUUCUGAGCGGGAUCCGAACAUGGGAGCUGUGCUCUCCGGAUCUCUCUGUAGCGAUUGAGAUUGUCCGGGAGCACAUUGUGCAGAUGUCGAAAGAAGACUAUGAAGCCUGGCUCUUGCCUAGAGUAGGACUGCCCCAGAGAGUGAGGAGCGCCCCGGCAGUGAGAUGAAGCCUGCCAGAGAGGAAGAGAUCCUGCAGCCUCUACUCAGCAAGAGUUCCUAUAGGUCUGUAACAGAAGAUGUUGCACAAUAUUUCUGCACAGGCUGAAAUCUAAUUCACAAUUCGUGUGCCAUGAGAAAGCUACUAGUCUUCAAACAGAUCAUACAAUUUAGUAUUUAUUUUUCAAGAAUAUUUUAGAAAUGGCAAUUUCCUCAGUGACAUGUUAAAGGUAAAGUUUAUAUUUCAUGUAUUUUUAUACCUUUGUAAAGAACAGGCACAGACUAAAAUAGAUAUCCUCCGCCUGCUGGAAGCACAAAAAAAUUGGCAAUAUCACAAUAAUCCGUUUUUAUUUCGCUUUCUGACUUAUACAUCAUAAAAAAAUUAAAUGCUGAAAACAGGGAAUUCCUGUAAUAUAGGAGUUACACAGUCCUGUAAAUAUGGCCUGACAGUGAAUUAACCAUUACUGAAGUUUCAAGUGUCAGGUGUGUUGAACCCUGAGGUGUCAGGAAGAAGUGUCUUGAACCCCGAGGUGUCGGUGACAGGUGCGCUGAACCCCGAGGUGUCGGUGACACGUGUGCUGAACUCCGAGAUGUCAGUUACAGCCUCUGAUGCUGAUCGUUUGCAUAAGAGAUAAAGACUAUGACAUUAACUAAGCAAAUGUAUUCCGAGACCAUUCCUUUACGCUAUUUGGCAUUACUUACAAGUAAUUGCCACUUUUCUUGCGAAAUUGCCUGUCCUUUACAGUGAAAUAAUAAUUUUUAAAAAGCAGUUUUCAUGUGAUAAUGACAUGCACGACAGGAACACUUCCAGUGUUGGGAUGAUGAAGUAUUUUGUUUUAAAAUAAUUGAUUCAACAUUAAGAUAAAUAUUUAUAGUGGAACUUGUCGGGUCUAUUUAAUUUCACUGCUAUGCACUGUAGCGUAAUUCUGUUUAAAAUGGUCCUAUACUGUAAGAAAUCACUGACAAAGAGUAAUUUGAGUAAAUUGCUUUGCUCCAAGCGAAAUGUUUUACUGCUUCAGCUUUACUUGCUAUAACUGUUUUGUUUCACUAGGGGGUGUGAUUGCACGUAUGAUACUUUUAAUGUCUAUUGGAUGUACUUGUUUAUUGGUUAUGUAUUUGAAUUAUUGUGCAUUUUAAGAAUAUAUGAUUUAAAAAAUUGUAACUUGUGUGCUGUUGAGUGUGUUUUAAAAGCUACAUGUGUUUUUCUUCUACCCAUUCAAUGUACAAGAUUGAUAUGAGCCGCUACGAGGAACAAAUAAAUGCACUUCAGUCACAAUUGACUUUCAACCUUUACUCUUGUGAUUCCCUGCAAUGAUUACAACCCAAGGUUACAAUUCACAAAAACAAACAAGCAAUCUAUCUGGGGCUUGGCUCAGCUUCAUCAGACACGGUCUAUUCAGUACAAAGUGCAAUUAGAGAGGCUCUCUUCAGAUUAGAUUCCAUGAAAAAUACAAAACAAAUGCUCUCCUCUCAGUGUUGCUGAGUGGAGCUCUACAUACCUCAGGCACAAUUACAAACCCUCUCCUCUCAGUGUUGCUGAGUGAGGCUCUACAUACCACAGGCACAAUUACAAACCCUCUCCUCUCCGUGUUGCUCAGUGGAACCCUACAUACCACAGACACAAUUACAAACCCUCUCCUCUCAGUGUUGCUGAGUGGAGCCCUACACACCACAGGCACAAUUACAAACCCUCUCCUCUCAGUGUUGCUGAGUGAGGCUCUACAUACCACAGACACAAUUACAAACCCUCUCCUCUCCGUGUUGCUGAGUGAGGCUCUACAUACCACAGGCACAAUUACAAACCCUCUCCUCUCCGUGUUGCUGAGUGAGGCUCUACAUACCUCAGGUACAAUUACAAACCCUCUCCUCUCAGUGUUGCUGAGUGGAGCCCUACACACCACAGGCACAAUUACAAACCCUCUCCUAUCAGUGUUGCUGAGUGGAGCUCUACACACCACAGGCACAAUUACAAACCCUCUCCUCUCAGUGUUGCUGAGUGGAGCUCUACACACCACAGGCACAAUUACAAACCCUCUCCUCUCAGUGUUGCUGAGUGGUGCUCUACACACCACAGGCACAAUUACAAACCCUCUCCUCUCCGUGUUGCUGAGUGAGGCUCUACAUACCACAGGCACAAUUACAAACUCUCUCCUCUCAGUGUUGCUGAGUGGAGCUGUACAUAACACGGGCACAACAGCAGCUGUAGCUCCUCCAAAGCUGCCAUUUAAUUUAGUAUCGUACUGAUUUGUUUUGCAAAUGUUUGUCGCCUGCUGUUUGUGACAAGCAACAUUGCCCCCGCAAUAUCACCAGUGAUCACGUCACACAUGUA